AAGCUCAGAAACACUGCUGCUGUCAGUAUUAUUAUUAUUAUUAGUGAGUAGCGGGAUAUGAGCGAGCGGUGCGUCUGAGAUGCCAUUUUUCACUUACAGAUGCAUAAACAGGGAAGUUGCCGGAUAAAUAAAAAAUCAUAAUUCAGUAAACACUAAAAGAUAUUCACAACGAGGAUUUUAAGGACGUCGGAUUUCAAAAUGGUGCUCCGGCGCAACGCAACCGGACGACGGAUACUAGAAGCUACGCAGCCCCUAUAAUCCCUCGUCUCGAAGUAAACAAGAGAGUGAAUGUUGACAACUAAGUGCUUACUAAGCCACAGAGAGUGAUGCUGCCUCGAUCUGGAGGAGUGUUAGUGCAGACGACACAACAACAACAAAAAUCGACGCUGAAGUAGUUUAAGGAGGGGGAAAUUAUCGAAUUUUGCUAUCGGUUUGUGUAGUUAGCUUGUUAGAAAAGUAGCCUUUUAGCAACGUAGGGGCCGUUCAGACCGAACGUGUUAUUGCACAUAAAAACAUAGACGCAGUGUAACGAAUCAGAAACGCAGGUGUCUCGAGACGCGUUUUUAAAAGUUGACGCUCCUGCACGAGACGUUGGGGGGGGGACAUCGAGACGCGGCGCAACGGGUAAAGACCGUCAGUCAAGCGCAUGUUUACAUAGAAAAAACAGCAUAGGCUGACGUAAAACGUGUUCGGUGUGAACGGUCCCAUAGCAAGUCAGCAACUAAUUUCUUCAAAGGUGACGUCUUUGUUUUUAUGCGGGAUUUUCUGUCUAUUAAUAGCCAAACUCUGGCUGUGGCUUGCAUCAUAAUUCUGCAUUAUUUUAGAAACAGGUUUGUAGCCUUUAAAUAGUACGAUUUAUAUAGAUCAAUAAAAGUGCUGUCAACCGAGAGUGUCAAAAUGAUGGAACCCCAGGAAAAUAUUGAGCAGAAUGACACCGCAUCAUCACCGCAACCCAAAUCUCUGCCCCGUCAGCGCGUCUCUCUGCAGAAGAGCAGCGUGUGUUCGCGCUCCUAUUUCAUGGUGGUUAUGAUUUUCUUCCACGUUUACAUCAUCAAUGUCAUCGCACUUCUACUGUUUGUUCAUUAUAAUAACGGCUCUAACACGAGCACGUCAAACCGGGAUUUCAGGAGUCGAGGUAGCAGUCAUAAAAUUACCGGAUCACCGGAUUUGCAGACUCCUGCAGACUUUGGAUUCCCUCGAAAUAUGUAUCUUCCACGCAUUGAAGGAAUACGGGUGGGUCAUGUUCAGAAAGUGUCAUUGGUUCCAGGCAAAGUCCAUGUGAUGAAGACACUCAGUCUAAAGCCCCUACUGUUUGAGAUCCCUGAAUUUCUAUCAGAGGAGGAGUGUAGUGUAGUUGUGCACCUGGCUCAGCUGAAGGGUUUGAUGGAGAGUCAGGUUAUGGUUCCUGAAGGUCAAGAGGAGCUUAAUCAGCAACUUAACCUAAGUCCCGAAGAAAUCUUUCAUUUCCUUGACCUAAACCAGGAUGGCCAACUGCAACCUCAUGAGAUACUGACUCACUCUCGAGUGAGAGAUGGAAUCUGGUUAACUUCCGAGAACCUUAAGGAAAUCUAUGAUGGCCUAAAAGUUGAUCAGGAUGGAAAUGGUCUCUUGAGUUUAGAGGAGUUUAGGCGUCUGAGAAGUGAUACCUUUCAGCAUUUUCUGCUACAGCGUGGAGUGGAGAGGAGCCAGCUGGUGAGGAACAGCAGACACACCUGGCUCUACCAGGGCCAGGGAGCACAUUGGGUCCUACAAGACCUCCGCAAAAGAGUGACACGUUUAACACGACUCCCGUACUCGCUGGUGGAGUUAAGUGAACCGCUUCAAGUAGUGCGCUAUGAGCAGGGAGGCCAUUACCACGCUCAUCAUGAUAGUGGGCCAGUGUACCCUGAAACAGCCUGUGCACACACUCGCCUCGCUGCCAACACCACAUCCCCAUUUCAGACUUCCUGCAGGUAUAUCACAGUUCUGUUUUACCUUAAUAAUGUUGAAGAAGGAGGGGAAACAACCUUUCCAGUGGCAGAUAAUAGGACCUAUGAAGAAGCGUCAUUGAUACAGAAUGAUGUAGAUCUGUUGGACACGAGGAAAAACUGUGAUAAAGGCAACCUGAGAGUGAAGCCCACUAAGGGGACAGCGGUUUUCUGGUAUAACUACCUUUCUGAUGGCAGAGGUUGGGUGGGUGAUCAGGAUGAGUAUUCUCUUCAUGGGGGCUGUGUGGUCACACGAGGGACCAAGUGGGUCGCAAAUAAUUGGAUCAAUGUUGACCCAGACUACCAGCGGCAGGCACGCUACCAACAGUUUGUUUCACAACAACAAGAGACACAGGAGCAGGAAGAACAGAUUUCAGAACUGAACUCGGACCAGCACACAGAAACACACCAAGACCUGUAAAAA